AUGAAUUACAACGACGUUAUACAACCUAUUGUUAUUGAUAAUGGUUCAGGAGUUAUUAAAGCAGGAUUUGCAGGAGAGGACAAUCCUAAAACAAUUUUCCCCAAUUUGGUAGGACGGCCUAAACACAUUAGGGUGAUGGCAGGGAGUAUUGAACGAGUAAAGGAUGAGUACUUAGGGAAGGCGAUCUCGGAACACAGAGGACUCUUAAAGCUUAAUUAUCCUGUAGAACACGGCAUUGUGGAGGAGUGGGCGGACAUGGAGCUUGUUUGGGCAUUUUUGUAUAAGGAAGAAUUGAUGGUCAAGUCAGAAGAACAUCCAGUUCUGCUGACGGAAGCUCCUUUGAAUCCUCACAGAAACAGGGAACAAACCGCUCAACUUUUUUUCGAAACUUUCAACGUUCCUGCUCUUUAUAUAUCCAUUCAGGCCGUACUAAGCCUAUAUGCGAGCGGCCAUACAACCGGAGUUGUCCUUGACAGCGGCGACGGGGUGACCCACAGCGUGCCUGUCUAUGAAGGCUUUGCUAUGCCUCACUCUAUGAAGCGAAUGGAUCUCGCUGGCAGAGAAGUCACUUGCUACUUGCAAAGACUUUUGAGGCGGCAGGGACACUUUUUUGAAACCUCCGCAGAAUUCGAAAUCGUCCGCGAAAUAAAAGAAAAAAUGUGCUUUCUUUCCAGCGAGUCCACUAACGGGAAGAAAGAUUUAGAAAAGGAAGUGUAUUUUCUUCCAGACGGGCGCGCAAUUUCAAUUGGCAAAGCGCGUUAUCAGGCGCCGGAAAUACUCUUCAGGCCUCAGUUGAUUGGCCAGGAGUACGCCGGGGUCCAUCGCACACUAGUCGACUCCGUACUCACGACGGACAUGGACUUCAGGCAAACACUUUUCCAGAACAUCAUUUUGAGUGGAGGAUCGACUCUCUUUGGAGGGUUUGGCAGUCGACUUUUAUCGGAAGUGAGGGCUUUACUGAGCCCGACGGUGAAGAUCCGCAUACUCGCCCCGCAGGACAGGCAAAGGGCUCUUCUCUCUUCUCAGUUCCUCUAA